AGAGGGUGACGUUGGGUUCCCUUUUCAACCCCUUCUCCAAUCUCGGAGCCGUGUCUUCAACAACCACAACACAAACGUGUCUUCUUCUCAAAAUCAAAUCGGCUCUUAUUCUCUCCGGUCAAAUAAAUACGUUUCGUCUUCUCUAUUUUUCUUUUUUUUUUCAUGUCACCACAGUCACACCCACUAUCUCUUCACCCCAGAGCUAAAAACACAAUCAUAUCCUUUAUGCUUUCACCACUCCCAUUCCGUCACCGCAACAUAUUAUAGCACUAUGGCGGCGAUGUCCAUCUCCGUCGUCUUUCUCUUCUCUUUCAUCUCUCUCCACCAUCUGUCUUCCUUGGCGGCAAGUUCAAAGAUCAGUAUCACGCAGGAUGUCGUCAUCAGGGACAGGGACCGUGAGACAUUGGUGUCUGAAGAGCUCAACUUCACCAUGGGUUUCUUCAAUUUAGACAACUCCUCUUCCCGCUACGUCGGAAUUUGGUACCACAACAUUCCCGCGACACCUGUUAUAUGGGUCGCAAACGGCGACAACCCCAUCAACGGCACAGGAGGAUCCAUAACUAUUGCGAAUGACGGGAACCUCGUGGUCCUCGAUGGAGCCAGGAACCUUGUGUGGUCCACCCAAGUUUCCAUCGAUAGCAGCAGCAAAAACUGCUCAGCGAUGCUUCGUGAAACUGGUAACCUCGUUCUCUCGUGCGACAGGAAAGACAUGUGGCAAAGCUUUGAGAAUCCAACGGAUACAUUCAUGCCUGGUAUGAGGGUUCCAGUGGGGGCUUCAACUGGGAAGAGUAGUGGCUAUGUGUUCACUUCAUGGAAAUCAUCAACGGAUCCUUCGAAGGGAAACUACACUAUGGGGGUGGAUCCUAAAGGGUUACCUCAGAUAGUGGUUUGGGAAGGAGACAAAAGAAGGUGGAGAACGGGGUAUUGGGAUGGUAUAAUGUUUGAAGGGGUGUCUAUGGCAGGAUAUUAUCUUUACGGUUUUACGCUGAAUGGGGAUGGUAAAGGAGGUAGGUAUUUCAUAUAUAACCCGUUAAACGGCACUGAUAUGGUGAGGUUUCAAAUGGGGUGGGAUGGCUAUGAGAGAGAGUUCAGGUGGAAUGAGGAUGAGAAACGUUGGGAUGUGGUUCAGAGAGGGCCUUCACAUGAGUGUGAGGUUUACAACAAGUGUGGGAGUUUCGCGGCGUGUGAUAUGUCCCCUUCGAAUUUACCUGUUUGUACUUGCAUACGAGGUUUUGAACCGAAGAACAGGGAUCAGUGGGAUAAGGGGAACUGGUCGGGUGGGUGUACGAGGAUGACUCCACUCAAGGCUCAGAGGACGAAUGUUACAUCCGCUGGCACUACUCAGGUUAGUGUCGGAGAGGAUAAGUUCUUGGAGCGUACUUCUAUGAGGUUGCCGGAUUUCGCAAGUGUGGUUGGCACGAAUGAUUGUCAGAAAGUGUGUUUGAACGAUGAUUCUUGUACGGCGUAUGCCAAUGUUAAUGGAAUAGGGUGCAUGGUGUGGAAUGUGGAUUUGGUUGACAUUCAAGAUUAUGACAGUGGAGGAAAUACACUGCAUAUCCGUCUCGCUCAUUCUGAAUUAGAUGGAGGUAAAAAAAACAUGAUUGCGAUAAUAUCUGCUGUUGUGGCGGGGUUAAUCUGCCUAGGAAUCUUUGUAUGGCUGGUGUAUAGAUUCAAGGGAAAACUUAAAGUUCUCCCCACAGUUUCCUCAGCUUCUUGUUGCAAGAAUAGUGAUGUGCUGCCAGUUUAUGAUGGAAGCAAGAGCAGAGACAUGUCAGCGGAAUUUUCAGGAUCAGCUGACCAUAGUUUGGAGGGGAGCCAACUAAGCGGGCCAGAAUUUCCCCUUUUCAAUUUCAGUUGCAUUUCAAUAGCCACAAACAAUUUCUCAGAAGAAAAUAAGCUUGGAAAAGGGGGCUUUGGCCCUGUCUACAAGGGAAAGCUUCCAGGCGGAGAACAAAUAGCUGUUAAGAGGCUUUCAAGACGAUCUGGUCAAGGCUUAGAGGAGUUCAAGAAUGAAAUGAUGCUGAUAGCAAAACUACAGCACCGAAAUCUGGUUAGACUAAUGGGUUGUUCUAUUCAAGGGGAAGAGAAGUUGCUGGUAUAUGAAUACAUGCCAAACAAAAGCUUGGAUUGUUUUUUAUUUGAUCCAUUCAAACAAACACAACUAGAUUGGACAAGACGGUUUGAAAUCAUUGAAGGCAUUGCAAGAGGAUUGCUCUACCUGCACCGAGAUUCAAGACUUAGAAUAAUUCAUCGAGAUUUAAAAGCGAGUAACAUUUUGUUGGAUGAAAACAUGAACCCAAAGAUAUCAGACUUUGGAUUGGCUAGGAUAUUUGGUGGGAACCAGAAUGAAGCCAAUACAAACAGAGUAGUUGGUACAUAUGGUUAUAUGGCCCCUGAAUAUGCAAUGGAAGGUCUGUUUUCAGUCAAAUCGGAUGUAUAUAGUUUUGGUGUGUUACUACUAGAAAUUUUGAGUGGCCGCAGAAACACCAGUUUUCGUCACUCCGAUGACUCCAGCCUCAUAGGCUAUGCGUGGCAUCUUUGGAAUGAACAGAGAGCAAUGGAGCUAAUCGAUCCCUGCAUUCGUGAUUGUAGUCCUAAAAACAGAGCUUUGAGAUGCAUACACAUAGGGAUGUUAUGUGUGCAAGAUUCAGCAGCUCAGAGACCAAACAUGUCUGCUGUGGUGUUGAUGCUGGAAAGUGAAGCAACAACUCUCCCCACGCCAACGCAACCUUUGAUUACUUCCAUGAGGAGAUCUGAUGACAGACAGUUUUACAUGGAUGGCCUUGAUGUUUCAAAUGAUUUGACAGUCACAAUGGUGGUAGGGAGAUAGAAAUUGAAUCCUUCCCUUUCCGUGCCAGUUUUGUUCCCAAUUCUCUGUCACACUUAAAACGUAAAUAUGCCUCGUUUUUCUUCUUUUUUUUCCCCCUUUUUAGCCCUAUUUGAAUACUCUGUAUAUGUCACGAAAAAACAAGACACAAAUAUGCUCUAUUAAUGUUUAUAGAAGUACUUAGGAAUGAUUGAUCAUUGAGAUUCUCAUUUCCACAGAAAGAUUCAUGUCCAGAUCCUUGUGAAAUAUAAGGCCAAAGUUGAUCACCUA